GUGUUAGCGGGGUGAAUAGCACCAGCAGUACCCUCGAACUACCCAUGGACAGUUACAGUCAAAAUUCACAUGCCGAUUUAAAGCCACGCAAACCACGUGUCUACAAAUCGAAAGUAUUCGUUAUUGCUGUGUCAUUUUCAUCUAUUCUCCUAGUGGUUAUGAUCGCUGCUUUUGCGGUCCAUUAUACUGUGGGAUUUCCAUCGUCGAAAACAGCCGAUGUAGGUGAAAAAGAUGCUCUGACAAUGGCUCUGCCCGAAGAACAACGUCUGUGGGUUGAGGAAGGUAUUACGGAGCUGAAAAAAGCUGUCGAUCGUGUUGAUAAUAAACGGAGAGCCCGUAAUGUUAUUCUCUUUGUGGGUGAUGGCAUGGGUCCGAAUACCGUGACGGCUGCCAGAAUAAUGGGAUUCAAGGAGGAGGGUUUGAUGGCAUGGGAAAAAUUCCCCGAUAUGGGCCUAUUGAAGACCUAUUGUGCCAAUAAGCAAGUACCAGAUUCCUUCUCCACAGCCACCGCCCUUUUCACCGGAGUUAAAGUAAAUUAUGAAACCGGUGGUGUUGAUUCCUCCGUACCGUUGGGAAAUUGUUCUGCCUCCCUAAACCCCGAUCGCCAUGUCCAUUCCAUAUUGAAAUUGGCACAAGAAGAUGGCAAAUUGACCGGCUUUGUUACCAAUACCCGUGUAACCCAUGCCACCCCAGCUGCCCUGUAUGCCCAUACCCCAGAUCGCCGCUGGGAAUGUGAACAGAAAAUGCCUGCCACAGCUACGGAGGAAGGUUGCCGAGACAUUGCCCGCCAACUGAUCGAAGAACCCACAGGUCAAAAAAUCAAUGUCAUUAUGGGUGGCGGGCGACAAAUGUUAGUAUCCGAUGUUACCGAUUCCGAAGCGGAUCCCAUUGAUACGUGGUCGUGUAAAUCUGCCGAUGGUCGUAAUUUAAUUAAGAAAUGGUCCGACAUUAAGGCCUCGGAAAAUGAGGCCCAUGUUGUGGUACAAAACACUGGAGAACUGGAAGCCAUUAAUGCCGAGGAAACAGAUUAUGUUUUGGGUAUCUUUGCCAAUGGUCAUUUGAAAUAUGAACAUGAGAGGGAUACCUCACCCCAAGGCAUGCCAUCGUUGAAACAAAUGACCCUUAAAGCUCUAGAAGUUUUAAGAUCGAAAGAUCAAGGAUUCCUUUUAGUGGUCGAGGGUGGUAUGAUUGAUCAGGCCCAUCAUCGUGGCACGGCACGCAAGGCACUCAAUGAAGUUUUGGCAUUUAAUGAUGCCAUAAAUGCUACCAUUAAUGCCUUGGGUUCAGAUUUGCAGGAUACAUUGGUUAUUGUAACAGCAGAUCAUUCUCACACCCUGGCGAUUAAUGGUUAUGCCGCAAAGGGUUCGAAUAUUUUGGGGAUAGCUGGAACAUCGAAAACUGAAGGAACCCCUUAUACGAUUUUGUCAUAUGGCACAACAUAUGAAGGUUUUCAGGCGGAUGCAAAUGGUCGCAGAAAGGAUCCAUCGUUGCAGGAUACCACCGAUUGGGAAUACACGCAGCAAGGUGUUGUAAAUACCGAUGAAAAUUAUCAUGGUGGUAGUGAUGUGACAAUUCAUGCAACGGGUGCCAUGUCAUAUCUAUUCCACGGCGUGCAUGAACAAUCCUAUGUGGCCCAUGCCAUAACAUAUGCCCUGCGUAUUGGUCGUUUCCGUGACAGUUCGAUUGCCGAAAGUUUGGCGGAUUUAUUGCCUUUGUAAGGCUUUUAAAAUAUCU